UAUCUCUCUGAAGCCUGCGUAUAUAACUACGACCCGUCAGUCCUUCACCCACAUUCAGACACACACUCGCCUCAGCGGCUCAGCUUCAGCGCCUCUCUCUGCUCUGCAGCUCUUCCCAGCCAACAUGGACAUGGACAGCGAGCCGUCCACGCCGUCCCAGUCGUCCUACUUCUCCGGCUGCAUGGCCUCCCCGGCGUGUCUUCCGGCCGCGCGCCGGAGCCCCGCGCGCUUCCACCUCCUGUCCCGCGACGGCGGCCGCGACGUUCGCCGGCGGGCGUGGAGGCGGCUGCUCAUGCGGCUGCUGCGGGAGAGCAAGAGCUGCAUCUGCAGCCCCAGGGCCAGGGCGGCGCCCAUGAUCACAUUCGGCUACGACGCCGACAGCUACGCCAAGAACUUCGACGACGGCCGCCGGCCCUCCUCCGCCGACAACCUGGCCGCCGGCCAGCUGAUCCAUUCGCCUGAGAGGCCUAGAUGACUACUACUUUUUCUUCUUCUUUUCGUUGGUUCGCUUGUAGCGCGCUGCUGUUCUUGGGGUGGUGGUAGUUGCGACGUCGGUGUCGACGUCUCAUCACCGGAAAAUCGGUGCCUGUACAGAGCAUGUGUAGAUUUCCUGUCCAAAUGUGACGAACGCGUCGCAUUCCGUGCGGCUCCCUCUCGAUUCUCCUUGUCUGAAUUAUCAUUACGGGUACGAACUGGAUGCCGAUCGACCUGUCAAUCGUGUGGACAAUCAUACAUACUAAGCAGAGUUUGCUACUA